UUUUGUGCCAUUGGAUUUAAAUUUCACGAACCCUAAAUCCACGAUUUUUGAGCCAGGCUGAAAAACACAACCUUUGCCCCAGAAACCGAUCGAUCCAAUGGCAUCGAGGGCUCUGCAAAUAGCACCCAGAAACCUAAGCCGAAAACCUAGCUUCAUCCACCGCGUCUUCUCGUCUUCCUCAACCUCCAAUGAUGCCGACAACAACAACUCUAAGCUAGCCUCACCACCAUCCCCUAUUUCCUUUCAAGAACUCGAAGUUUCCCCCGAGGGGAAGCUCUCUUUCGACGCUAUUCGGGAGAGCUUGAAUCAGCGGGAGAGGAGCUUUAAGCAGCAGGAGACCAAGGAGAGGCUCUCUUUCGACGCUAUUCGGGAGCGCUUUAAGCAGCAGGAGAUCAAGGAUAGGCUCUCUUUCGACGCUCUUCGGAAGCGCUUGAAGCAGCUGCAGUCUUCAUCCUCGACUGAGGGCGGCCAGACCAAGGGGAAAACAGAGGUGCCGUCAUUGUCAGCUUCGAAGGAUAGUUUGAGGCUCAGGCCGGUGGAUUCCGAUGAUGCUUUGCCCAUGUCGGUGUUUGGUAAGGAUAUGAGGGAUAGUUUGGUGCGGUCGAAGAUAUCAGAAGAUGAGAAGGCCAAGAAGUUCUCCAGAAUGAGUCAAAAUGUUGAGAUUAGUAGGGCAAAUUUGACUGACCCCAUCCAAAGAAAACACUUUAUUGAUCUUUGUCUUCAAGAGGCAAACAAAGGCUUUAGAUCAAGUGGAGGUUUAAAGUCUAGUGCUUGGCCUCGAAUUGCUGAAGAGUUGGAGAAGUUACUUGGAAAACGUUUUGCUUCAAAACAACUUAAGAAUGAGUGGGAUUAUAUGAAAAGACAAUAUCUCAUUUGGAGUAAAAUGAUGACUAUGACAGGACAUGGUUACAACUCUGUAACCAAAACUUUUGAUUGGCUAGCUGAAAAAUGGGAAGAAUAUCUACAGAAAUAUCCAGAAGCUAAACAAUUCCGUUUUAAACCAUUAGCAAAUAUGGAAGAAUUAGAGGCAUUGUUUGGAGGAGUGUUAGCUAUUGGGUCUAAAAAUUGGAGCUCUGGAGGAGUGAUAGCUUCUGGGGUUGAGGAAUCAUCAACACAUUCUACAUCUAUGGCUAGCGAAACUUCAAUUAGUUUAGAAGAAGAUGAGAAUUUGCCAAGAAAUACGAAUGAUGAAGUAGAAGGUUCUAAGAAAAACAGAAGAAAGGAAAGAAAGAGCAAAAUCAAGAAGAAAUGAAUAGAAUAAUAAAUGUGUUGGAGAAUUUUGAAGGACCCUCAGUCAAAGAAUGCAUGAAGAUUUUGAAGAAGCUCUUGACUUAUGAGGAUCCAUUAUACUAUGUAGCAAUUAAUGGAUUUUGCAAGAAGAAAGAGUAUAGAGAGGUGUGGGUGGAGAUGGAAAGUGAUGAAGAGCGAAUGGGAUGGAUUCAAAGCUUGCGAAAAUAACGUUUUAAAUAUUUGUUUUAGAUUUAUGGAAUACAUUAGGUAUAUGACUUAUAUGAUGAUUUAAAUUUGGUACAUUUGAUUUGUUUGUUUUGAAUAUUUGAUACAUUUAAACUUUUCCAAUUAUAAGACUUUCUCUCUACAUUUUAUAGAUAUUUGUUACUCAUA